UGGCUGGCAUGGAGCGGGUGCCCCCUGAACCUGGAGAGAAGCGUGUUGCCCGUUCCCGGCUGCCCUGCUCCUCCUCAGCUCUGGCUGCCACGUACAGGGCCCUCGAGGCACAUAGAGGGUAACGCUCGCAGCAGGCCUGGGCUCUCCGGGAGCCCCAGCUUCCAGGCCGAGCGGCCCGCAUUGAACGUCGUCGUCUUCCCUCUGCUGCACGAGGGCCUGACCGACGUCAUCCGGGACGUCCCCCUGCUGCACCUGGAUGAGGUCACCUUGUUUAAGAGCAGAGUGGCCGAGGAGCCGCCGAACCUGUGGUGGUGAGAGGCCAAGCCGCCGCCCAUCGGUCUGAGCCACCUCGAGACGCUGUGGGAGCCGGGGACACCAGGGACCCUUGGUUUGUUACAAGAGGGAGAGGGCCUCUCUCCCGGCCGGCCACGCCCCACCUGGCUCCUGGGGCUCCCGGCAUCCCUGCGGCUCUCUCGUGGGAACUGUUGCUCUGUGAAGUCUGGGCUGAGGGGAUGUGCUCUGGUUGACAUGAGGGGGGUCGGGGGACCGUCGAUGUGGGGGCUGGCUGAACCAGGCCGACCCUCGGGGCCUGGCCUGGGGGUUUGUGCACUGAGUCUCAAUCCCUGGGGGCCCUGUGGACGGGCCUGGAGGGCCGGAACCCCGUGCCGCUUCUGACUGGGAAGCGUGUCGCUUGGCUGUUGUGUUUGUGGUCACCUGCCACCGGGGCCCCACGGACGGGCGGCCACAUGCUGUCCCCCUGAAGUCCAGUCGGCCAGGCUGGUCACCAUGUGUCUGAGUGUCCCCUUGCGUGGCCGAGUGUGACAUGGGGAAGGGCCUGCCGGUUUAGUGGCUGCGGACUUAGGACUCUCCGUCCCAUUACAACACACUUCAGCCCACUCAUAUCUCUGGGGCUUUUCUAGCCCGAUGAUGCCUGUGGCCCCAGAGAGGUCCCCUGGGGUUGGGACUGCUGGCCGGAGCCUCUCCUAUGGCUUUUCAGCCCAAUGAGCAGGCCCCGUUCCUCAUGAGAGAGGUCUCCUCCCGCUCCCACCCACCCCACAGCCUUCAGCUUCCCUGGGAAGGUCCAUGUGCAUUCCUGGGGAAAUAGAUACACAUUCGGCUUUGUUAGAAUAACGUGAAACAUUAAAACCCAGAAAGGAUU